AUGUCUCUUCCUUCUCACUUCACGCUCAAUACGGGCGCCAAGAUCCCUGCCGUGGGAUUCGGAACAUGGCAGGCCAAACCGCUGGAGGUCGAGAACGCCGUGGAGGUAGCCUUGAAGCAGGGAUAUCGUCAUAUCGACUGCGCUGCCAUCUAUCGCAACGAGACUGAAGUCGGCAAUGGCAUUCGCAAGUCCGGCGUACCCCGCGAGGAGAUCUUCAUCACCGGGAAGCUAUGGAACACCAAGCAUGCUCCUGAAGACGUGGAGCCGGCUCUGAACAAGACACUGAAGGACUUGGGAGUGGACUAUCUUGACCUGUACCUCAUGCACUGGCCAUGUGCAUUCAAACCCGGCGACAAGUGGUUCCCCCUGAACGACGACGGCGUGUUCGAGCUCGCCGAUGUGGACUACAUCACCACCUACAAGGCUAUGGAGAAGCUUCUGGCGACCGGGAAAGUGCGCGCGAUUGGGGUCUCCAACUUCAACGUCCGCCGACUGGAGGAGCUCCUCAGCCAGGUGACGGUUGUUCCGGCCGCCAACCAAAUCGAAGCCCACCCAUACCUCCAGCAACCCGAUCUUCUCAAGUUCUGCCAGAGCAAGGGUAUCGUGGUUGAGGCGUAUUCGCCUCUCGGGAACAACCAGACGGGUGAGCCACGGACGGUUGAUGACCCUCUGGUGCACACGGUGGCGGCUCAACUGGGUAUGGAUCCUGGCCCACUGUUGGCCAGCUGGGGAGUCCAACGCGGCACAGUCGUUCUGUCCAAGAGUGUGACGCCUUCUCGCAUUGCGGCGAAUCUCCAGGUCCAACGCUUGCCCGAGGAUGCGUAUGGUGCGCUGACCUCUCUUGAGCGCCACAAGCGGUUCAACUUCCCUGCUUUUUGGGGCUAUGACAUUUUCGAGGAGGUUGGGGAGGAGGCUGUUCGCAAGGCUGCGCUGGAGGCGGCGCCUGUCAAUAAGACCAAGUUUACUGUAUAG